AUGGCUGCGUCUUUCGGAGAUCACGCCCAAUCUCCAUAUUUAGUGACUGAGUGUAGAAAGAUUCUCAACGACGCAUCGCUAGACUCCACCGAGCAAGAUGAAUGCAUCAUCGUGGAUAAUAUCAGAAGAAACUCUCCCGAACCAGAGAGAGAAGCCAGCAUCACAGAUCCUCAUCCGACACUUUGGACCAGAAGCCACUCAACUGCCCACAGCUCUGUGCCUACAUCUGCACCUCAGGAGAUUUCGGAGAAGAAGAAAUCAUGGCUAAUGCGCCUAAAUCUACUACGUCGUGGCAAAAUACCGGCUGUUCCGCAGGAAAAGGCCGCGUCACGAGAGUUUACGGCUGGAUUCUUUAGUCUUCUCUACUUCCAAUGGAUGACCCCUCUCAUCAAGCUAGGCUACAAACGUCAACUUCAGGAGAAUGAUCUUUGGUCCGUUAACCCUCAACGAGCAACCCGCCUCCUAACAUCGAAGCUCGAACUUUCCUUUGGAAAACGAGUAGCAAGGGGAGACAAGUACCCACUACUCUUUGCUCUCUACGAAACCUUCAGGACCGAAUUUUUGGUUGGUGCCAUUUGUCAACUCUCAGCUAGUCUGAUUCAGGCUACUUCGCCCUUCAUCUUGAAAUAUCUCAUUCAGUUUUCGCAAAGAACAUCGGAUGCUCAGAGUAACGGAAAUCCUGCUCCUUCUAUAGGUAUCGGGCUAGGACUUGUCUUUGGAAUUACCUUGAUGCAAAUGGUUCAGAGUUUACAGACUAAUCACUUCAUCUACCGCGGUAUGACUGUUGGAGGAGAAGCACGAGCCGCACUAAUCUCGCUCAUUUUUGAAAAAGCUAUGAAAAUCUCCCCUCGCGCCAAGGCUGGUGGUAAAUCAAUGGAAUCGGAAACCCAUGAUAAAGGGGCCGAGGAAACUGCGGAGAAUCCCAAAUCUCCUCGUGAUCAUGGAAAGGAAAGAACAAAUGAAAGACAUGCGUGGGGAAAUGGAAAGGUGAUGAACCUCAUGUCAGUCGAUUCCUAUCGAGUUGACCAGGCAUCGGUACUAUUUCACUUAAUUUGGACAGCGCCUAUUGCUUGUAUAUUAACUCUGGUCUUUUUGGUCAUCAAUCUGGGCUAUAGUGCUGUAGCUGGCUUCAGCUUGCUGAUCAUCGGGUUGCCGGCUAUGACAGAAGUCGUCAAGUGUUUACUUGCACGUCGUAAGCGAAUCAACCGAAUAACGGAUCAGCGGAUCAGCCUUACCCAGGAAAUUCUUCAAGCAGUUCGAUUUGUAAAGUUGUUUAGUUGGGAAUGUGCUUUCUUGAAUCAACUUCAACGCAUCAGAAAUCGGGAGAUUCACGCGAUUCAGAUAUUAUUAUCCAUACGAAACGCGCUCAAUACCACUUCCAUGUCACUGCCGAUAUUCGCUUCAAUGCUUGCCUUCAUCACCUACUCGCUCACGAACCAUAAAUUAGAGCCAGCAAAGGUGUUCUCAUCUCUCGCCCUCUUCAAUUCUCUUCGUAUGCCGCUCAACUUGCUUCCCGUGGUCAUAGGUCAGACAACUGACGCCUGGUCUUCGAUCAGUCGUAUCCAGGAGUACCUAUUAAGCGAGGAGAUGGAAAAGAUUGCACCCAUUGAUGUUGAGGCCGAUAGUGCCGUUGAAGUUAUCAACGCCAACUUCACCUGGGAAAAGAUUUACUCUGAGGAAUCUAAGCAAGCAGAUCAGCACGUUAUCAUAAACAAGUUUGAGAGGUCGAGCAUCUCUUCGCCAAGAGAUGCCGAAGACGUCUCUAGAAAUGUCGAGAAAAAGCCUUUCCAUAAUACAACACCUGAAUACGGAAGCACUUUAGUUGGCGACGAGGGUCCAUUCAAGCUGUGUGAUAUAGACUUUACGGUUGGAAGGAACGAGUUGGUCGCUGUCAUCGGGGCCGUGGGCAGUGGAAAAAGCUCGUUACUAGCAGCCUUAGCAGGGGAUAUGCGCCAAACCAGGGGCAAUAUGAGGCUAGGUGCCAAUAGAGCAUUUUGCCCACAAUACGCGUGGAUACAGAAUGCGACGGUCAGAGAUAAUAUUUUGUUCGGGAAGAAAAUGAAUUAUGAUUGGCAGGUCAUUGAUGCUUGUGCUCUACGACCGGACCUUGAAAUGCUCCCACAAGGUGAUAGAACCGAGGUUGGCGAACGUGGCAUCACAGUUUCCGGUGGCCAACGACAAAGAAUAAAUAUUGCUCGAGCCAUUUAUUUUGAUGCUGGACUUAUUCUUAUGGAUGACCCUCUUUCUGCAGUUGACGCACACGUCGGCCGACACAUCUUUGAAGUAGCCAUUUUAAAGCUGAUGAAACACAAAUCCCGGAUUCUCGUUACUCAUCAACUUUGGGCUCUAAGUAAAUGCGAUCGAGUGAUUUGGAUGGAAGAUGGCCAGAUUCGAGCCAUUGAUAGCUUCGAUAAUCUUAUUCGAGAAAAUAAUGGAUUUCACCUGUUAAUGGAUAACGCUUCGGUUGGUCAAGAGGGGAAAAAAUCUAGCAAUGAGUCUACAGUUGGCGAAGAUACACAACUAACGAAGAAGUCCAACGGUAUGAAAUUAAUGCAAGCAGAGGAAAGAUCUUUGGAUAGUGUUCCUUGGUCUGUCUACUAUGAGUACAUUCGAGCUUCUGGAAGUAUUUUUAAUGCACCCAUUGCCCUAAUCUUUCUUAUCGCCUCUCAAGGCUCUAAUAUUGCAACUAGCUUAUGGCUGUCCUGGUGGGCUAGUGACCACCUUGGCUACUCAAAGAACAUCUACAUUGGAGUCUAUGUUGCACUUGGCUUCACACAAGCCUUCCUCGUAUUCUCCUUUUCCCUAACCCUAACUUUGAUGGGUACGGUUGCUAGUAAGACAAUGAUGAGUCGUGCUAUUGUUCGCACUUUGCGGGCUCCCAUGUCUUUCUUUGAUACCACGCCGCUCGGUCGUAUUACCAAUCGUUUCUCUCGUGAUGUCGAUGUUAUGGAUAAUGAGCUUCCAGACUCUUUACGCUUAUAUUCAUUGACGCUAGUUAUGAUCCUAACUAUCUUUGGUCUUACUAUUGCCUAUUUUCACUUUUUUGCCGUCGCACUCGUGCCUCUCUUCCUGCUUCUUAUUUUCUCAUCGAGAUACUAUAGGGCAUCAUCUCGAGAAUUGAAGCGCAUCGAAGCCGUCCUCCGCUCUCAUGUCUUCGCCAAAUUUAGUGAGGGACUUUCCGGCAUAGCUUGCAUACGUGCAUAUGGCACUCAGACUCAAUUUUUUGAGGGAUUACAAGCGUCGAUUGACAAUAUGAAUAGUGCUUACUACUUAACCUUUGCCAAUCAACGAUGGCUAUCAACUCGUCUAGAUAUCAUUGGAAAUUUUCUCAUCUUGGUAGCGGGCGCUUUGAUUGUAUCAUCAAGAUUUCAUAUCAGACCAUCAAUAGCUGGACUCAUACUUAGCUAUACUCUUUCAAUUGCCCAAAUGAUUCAAUUUACCAUUCGUCAACUAGCAGAAGUUGAGAAUGGGAUGAAUGCUACCGAACGUCUUCACUACUAUGGCACAUCUCUCGAAGAAGAGGCGCCGCUUCACACUGUUACCGUUCGGAAAACUUGGCCCGAGUCUGGGGAAAUCCGCUUCGAUAAUGUUCAAAUGCGAUACCGGCCCCAUCUUCCUUUAAUACUCUCAGGCUUAAGUAUGUGCAUUCGAGGUGGCGAGCAUAUAGGGGUGGUGGGACGCACUGGUGCAGGUAAAUCAAGUAUUAUGAUUACACUUUUCCGGUUGGUAGAGCUUUCGGCCGGUCGAAUUACCAUUGAUGGUUUGGAUAUUUCUUCUAUUGGUCUUCAUGACUUGCGAUCCCGCCUUGCGAUUAUUCCCCAAGAUCCAACCCUUUUCAAAGGCACUAUUCGAUCAAACCUCGAUCCUUUUGGUCAACACAUAGAUCAUAAACUUUGGUCGGCCCUCUAUCAAUCUGCUCUUGUAGCUCACUUACCAGGGCUAGAAGAUAGAAAUACCGGCCGAAUUCACCUUGAUAGCUUAGUCGAGGAUGAAGGACUCAACUUUUCGCUCGGACAGCGUCAACUUAUGGCCCUUGCCCGGGCAUUAGUUCACGACGCCCGAAUUGUUAUCUGUGACGAAGCUACCAGUAGUGUUGAUAUUGAGACUGACAAGAAGAUUCAGCAGACCAUCGCAACUGUUUUCAAAGGUAAAACACUGUUAUGUAUUGCGCAUCGGCUUAAAACUAUUCUUAAUUAUGAUCGUAUCUGCGUUUUGGAACACGGAAGCGUCGCAGAGUUUGAUACACCUCGGAAAUUAUGGAAAAAGGGAGGAAUUUUCAAAAGCUUGUGUGAUAAGAGUGGUAUUGGCGAGGCAGAUUUUGUCAUGGACGAGGAAUAA